AUGGAGGCGAAACGCCUCCCAAUGAUAUCAUUGCUCGUACGCGGUUUUAUCAGCCAUCUUCGCCUGGACCUUGGGUUGUCUAUUUCCGGCGCAAAUGCAAACCAUUGAAUAUGCUUUCGAUUUCUCGAGAGCUGACGCGUAAGUAUCCUGGGACCGUUAUUCACCAAGUGAAAGCAUCCAAGCUGCGUGUUACCGCACCUAGCUACAAAGCAGCAAAUGAAAUUGCUCAACACGAAGCGUUUACUGUUGAAUAUGCGGUCUAUGUGCCAGCACGAGAAGUGGAGGUGGAGGGGAAGAUCCUCGACGAAAUGCUGACAUGUGAGGACAUCAAAACCGGCUUUGGUCGAUUCAAAAAUAGGUCAAUUCCUGAUGUGGCUAUCCUAGACUGUAAACGCUUAUCUAAGGUUUCCAUGGAAGGAAAUAAAAAGGUGUACUCGCCUUCAGCGUUUUUUCGAGUGACUUUUCCAGGUUCCGUCCUCCCGGAAUUUGUUGUAAUUGAUGGUGGUUUUUACCCAGUGCAUCUUUUUAGGCCGAAGGUUUUUAAUUGUACCAAAUGCAAGCAGUUUGGUCACAGUGAUAGCUUUUGCGACAACAAGCCCCGUUGUGGCAAAUGCAACCAAGCUCAUUUGGAGGACUCUUGCACACAGGAAGCGGAAAAAUGUAGCUACUGUGGCGGAGAUCCACACGACUUGCAAGUUUGCCCGGCUUACAAAAGACGCAUUCGAAAUGAGAGUCGCUCUAUCAUAAAGCGCUCCAAACAGACAUAUGCGGAGAUGGUGAAAUCUUUUAAAACACCAGGUUCCGUGUCUGAAUCAGCUGUCCCAGUUGAAAAUCCCUAUCAAGAGUUGUCUUCCGAUGAUCAGGACGACGGCGAAACUGAUGAGGGUGGAUCUCUUUCGGAGGUACACGCACCUGGAAAAAGGAAGUCAUUAUCUUCCCCGGGAUUGCGCCGAAAGGUCUUUUUGAAGUCUUCCCUCAAAAGUUUGCCUAAUGUUAAAGGAGACGGGGUAAACUUAAAAACUCCGAAGAAUCAGGUUCCUCUAGCUUCAGAUCCAUGUUGUAGCAAGAACCUGUCACACCCGUCUCCGCCUGUUAAAUACACUUCAAAGAGAAAUAAUCGACAAGGUAGCAAGAAAAAAGCUACCAAAGUUCCUCGCAGUUCAAGUAAGCCUCCUAGACCCAAGCAAGGACUGUUUACUUUUAGGGUUCUCGUGGAUCGCUUAUAUAAUGCCCUCAGCCUUCCAGAAACAUUUAGAGGCAUUAUUGAUAUGUUUAUACCUACAGUAGAAGAAUAUCUUCGGAAUCUGACACAAUCAUGGCCCCUCCUUGCUGCGAUCAUAUCUUUCGAUGGAUAAUUAAUCAAGUGAGGUACAAGAUAUGAUCACUGUGCUACAGUGGAACUGUCAUAGUCUAAAACCUAAAUUAGAUCUGUUUAAGUUUUUGAUUCACAACUCUGAUUGUGAUAUAUUUGCCCUUUGUGAAACAUGGCUUUCUUCUGAAGAUGAACUCAACUUCCACGAUUUUAACAUUAUACGCCAGGAUAGAGAUGACCAUUAUGGGGGAGUUCUUUUGGGGAUCAAAAAGACUUACUCAUUUUAUAGAAUUCCAAUCGCGACUCAUCCUGGCGUAGAAAUCGUCGCUUGCCAAAUAAACGUAAAGGGUAAAGAACUUUGCGUAGCUUCCGUUUACAUUCCUCCAAGAAUUUCAAUCAACCGCCGUCAUCUUUGGAAUGCGGUUUCUGCACUAUCACAUCCAGUUUUAAUUCUGGGUGAUAUGAACGCACAUGGUACAGGGUGGGGCGAACCAUAUGACGAUAAUAGAGCG